AUGGUAUCAAGUCUACUUGCUCGUUGCAUCAUUGUAACCAUUGGUACACUCUACCCUGGUUAUCGAUCUUAUAAAUCUCUAAUUAAUUCCGAUUUACGCGAAGUGGUUAAUUGUCUUCGAUAUUGGAUUGUAUUUUCAAUAUUUAUUGCAUGUGAAACAAUCACUGAUAUUAUUCUAUCAUGGUUUCCAUUUUAUUAUUGGAUUAAAAUUGGAAUUGUAUUCUGGAUAGUUUCACCAGCUGGCUCAACAUUUUUGUACAAACGUUUUAUUCAACCACUUCUCAAAGAACGUGAACAAGAAAUCGAUCAUUUAAUCGAACAAACAAGACAAAAGAGUUAUACCGCAAUACUUGAUUUAACAAAUAAAGGUUUUAGAUAUGCAUCUAAUGUAUUUUUAAAUACCGCUGUAUUGGGUCAAAGUUAUCUUGGUGAACAUUUAAAACGUUCAUUGAGUACAAGUGAUAUUAAUAACAGUUCCGCAAAGAAUUUUGCUAAUCCACCUGCUACAUUACAUGAAGAAAGUGAAGAAGAUUCGGAAUUUUCAAGUCGUUUAAAAGAAGAUCGAAAAUAUUUAUCCAAAGGAACAACUCGAAAACCACUUGCAAAUUAUCAAGAAAAACCUGAUGAUUCAUCUGAUAAUCCAUUAGAUGAAUAUGAAAUGUCAAAAGUUAUGGCGCGUAAAGGACGAACAAUAAAUAAAAGCAAUUCAAGUGAAAGUAGUCAUAGUGAAAUCAUAACAAAACGACAAGUCAAACAAACAGCAACAAAAAGAUCAGCUGUUAAACCAACAGUAACAAUUGAACACGACAUGAAUAGUUCAAAUGAUACGGAUGACGAAGUUGAAAAUAUGCGUAAAAGAACUUAA